AUGGCCGAGCAACAACCAAGCAUCAGUUCUAUUCUGGCUGCCCUAGCUGCCCAACGUCCAAAUGCGACGCCUCCGAAUCAGCAGCCCUACCAGCAACCCCCGCAGCAAGCCCCUCCUCAGCAGAAUCCAUACCCAGGCGCCGGAGGAUAUUCCUUACCACAGCCAACAAGUUCAGGGAGUGUAGAUCUGAGCAAUAUCAAACCAGUAAGCUCUGGAACCGUCAGCAUCGCCGAUGCCAUUGCGAAGGCGAAGGCCAUAGCAGCAGAGAAAGGUGUCGCAUACGACCGGCCUCCCUCAUAUGGUGGUCAAGAUACUCGGGGCGCUGGAGUAAGGCCAUACAGAACAUCGCGCUCGCGCUCUCCGCCACCUGUUCGCCGAGAGGCCUUCCGCGACAAUUUCAACCCAUAUCGAGACGAGCGACGAGGCGAUCGCGCACCGCCCGAGCGGGAUUAUCGUGAGCGCUCUUUCUCUCCCGGGCUUAGAGGUAGAGGACCACCUGGGACUUUCUCGCCCGCCAAUGGUGGCGGUAACUAUCCGCGGGAACGGUCGCCUGCAAGGGUUGGAGAUGACAAUGCCGAAACUCUUUCUAUUGAGUCGAGUUUAGUGGGCCUGAUUAUUGGAAGGAAUGGUGAAAAUCUCAGGCGUGUUGAAUCAGAAACUGGAUGUCGUGUGCAAUUUGUUACUGGGCCUGACGAGACGGGUCCAUAUAGACAAUGCAAGAUUACUGGAUCUCGAGCACGCCGGACUGAGGCGAAGGCGGAAAUCAAUCGCAUCAUCGACGAGAGUGGUAUGGCUGGAAAUGGAGGCGUUGGCCCGGAACGUAUAUCUCGAGAGGCUCCAUCAGCUGCACGCUCCUCCACACACCAACCAGCCCUGAGAGACGGUGAGGAUAGCAUGCAAAUUAUGGUGCCUGACAGGACAGUUGGUCUUAUAAUUGGCCGGGGUGGAGAGACAAUUAGAGAUCUUCAGGAACGGAGCGGUUGCCAUGUGAAUAUUGUUGGUGAGCAGAAGAGUAUGAAUGGGCUUCGACCAGUCAACUUGAUUGGCUCCCGCGAAGCAGCAGCACACGCCAAAGAUUUGAUUAUGGAGAUUGUCGAGAGCGACAGCAAAAACACUACUAAUAAAGAUCGGGUACCGGGCCAGCGGGAGCCUGGUAGAGAUGCAGCCCAAGGUGGCGGGUAUGGCAGUGCAAGCGGGGGGGACAAGAUCAAUGAUUCCAUAUUUGUACCGUCCGAAGCUGUUGGUAUGAUCAUUGGAAAAGGCGGCGAAACGAUUAAGGAUAUGCAGAAUACUACCGGCUGCAAAAUCAACGUUACACCCUCGUCGGGGCCAACCGAGGUGGAACGCGAGAUAGGGCUUGUUGGCUCUCGGGACGCCAUCGUUGCAGCAAAACGCGCGAUCGAAGAUAAAGUUGAGGCAGUAGCACAAAAGAGCGGAGGGGGCGGAGGUGGGCGGAACCGUACUUCCCAGAACGACCACAACGAUAGAAACUACUCCCAACCAUACGCCCAGCCACAAGGACAACCGCAAUCUCAGCCCCAGACCGACGCCGCUACUGGUGCAGAUGAUCCGUAUGCACCGUAUGGUGGAUACAAUGCAUAUGUUGCACUUUGGUACCAAGCAAUGGCGCAACAACAGCAGGCAGGCCAGCCACAGGGCGAUCCGUCCAAGCCUCCUGGAACUUCAUAA